AUGGGUGGCCAGGACGAGAGCACUCAACCCGACAACAGUGCCGAGCCGACCACUGAGCAGCAGGACGUCGAGCCUAGCGGUCUCGAGAACAUUGAGCCAGAUUUCCCUGCCCGCGUCACUUUCUUAGACUACCUCAAAUCACCAAUCAUUGAGCUCUCGGUGGGCAAGGACGAUGAUGUUACUGUUCUGCAUGCGCACCAGCGUCUACUGGAGCAAAGUCCCCUCUUGGAGGAGAAGAUCGCUGCUUUUGGCGAUGCUAAGAACCGUCGUAUUGAGCUCCCCGAGGAGGACCUGACCGCAACUGCCUGUUUCCUCGAAUUCCUCUACAAGAACGACUACUUCCCCACCCUCAGCGGUUCCUCCCUCGAAACAGACCCCGAGAUCCCUGUCCCGGAUAUUGAAGGCAUGGCCCUUCUACGACACGCCCGCGUCUACACACUAGCCCAGCGCUUCGGCGUACCCGCCCUGGCAACCCUCGCCCACAAAAAGAUCCACCUCACACAAAGUACCGCCCGCGGCGAAAUCGAAUACGCACGCUACGUCUACGGCCACACCGAGACCACAGACGAGAGCAUCCGUAAGCCUGUCGCUGCCUUCUGGGCAACACGGUCACAUGUCUUGCGCCACGAGGCCGAAAAAGAGUUCCGCAGCAUGUGUCUCGAGUUCCCGCAAUUCGGUUUCGAUGUUCUUAGUCUGGUGCUGGAUAACCAGGAGAAGAGAACUGCGAGAUCAGAAACUACUAUUGGUGGUGGUCGCAAGAGACCGCGUGUCAGCGCUGUGUAG